GUUGCUAGGUAGUCCAGCACUUCCGCUGCUCUUGGAUGCUUCUGGAAAACCCGAGUGUGUUGACGUUGGAGUGCCUCAGACGUGCCGCGCUUUGAUGACGGCAACGUUUCUCCCGCCUCCCCGGCGUUUCGACGACGGUGGCGGCAGCUGCGGUGUGUGGAAGGCGUGGAUAGGCGGCCACGGCGGUGUCUGGAUGACAUUCUGGACACCAGCUUAGUGGCCUGCCCUGGACUCUCCGCCUAACUCACUGCGAUGGACACUAGUCCGUUCCGGUUUCUGUGCCGUCUUCUGGAGGUGGUGUUUGGAUGCAAGAUGCAGUGUCCGAUGCAUUUUUAUUCUCAGGCCUUCAGAGAAUGUGAAGUUAGCCACUAGAAGGGAACGUACACUCCAUCUCUACGUUGGAGACCAUCUAGUGAGCAGAGAGCCUGUGUGCUCUGCAGCAGGGCUACAGGCCGGCUGACAGGCAGGUGCACGUGGCAACCGAGAACUCCAGCUCCCAGAAGUGGACCCAACGUGAGCCGCGUGACUCUCGUGUGAUCCACCGUCAUCCACGGCCAGCUCGAGUCCAGGAAGCUCAGGGAGAGGAGGAGAGCACCUACCAGCUGUGAGUCCUGAGGGGUCCUCCGGGGGUCAAGCCGUGGAGCAGUGGGCACUACAGCCAGAGGCCGCAGCCUCUCCCAAUCACAUCUUGGUGUGGAACUUGAGUCACAAUGGAUGCCGACUACGUCGUAUGUGACUGGCAGGGCCACUUGUGGCCUGCAAAAGUUUUGUCAAGAUACUGCUCCUCAGCAGAACAGAAUUGGCUAGACGUUCGAAUCCUCGGCGUAGGUGAAAAGGUCCAAGUGAGAACAAGCGAUGCAAAGGCGCUGACCACCUCGGAACUCGAAGUGGUCUCCACCUUGGCCAGGGCGCUGUCCACGGGCAGCAUGCCGCUGGGAGAGAAGAGGGGGUACAGAAGGGCCCUUAGGGAGGCCUGGCAGAUUGUGCGAAAGAGAGCGAGCCCAGGCACAGGAAGAAAGCCAGAGAAGGCAGUGUCCGCUGUGACACCUCAAAACGUCAGGGAAAAGCCAUCCCGCUCUCUGGCUCGUAAAAGGCGUAGGAAACCCCGAAAAGCCCUGUGGACCAGGCAUAAGCAAAGUAAAAAGCCAGGACCAGGGUCUCAGCGUGUGCCUUCCAAGGGCAAGGAUGCUACCCUGCCAGGCAAGGAACCCCAGGAGCACACGAGCACUGUGCCUCCUACAGCCGGUACAUAUCGACAGGCUCCCCAGAGCUCUUGCAUGGCUGAGAAUGCCUCCACGCUGUCUGGCAAGAUAAAGAGAGAGGCAACGAAAGAUCAGAUGGAUGAGAGGAGAGAGGUGGGCACCUCAGCAGUCGCACCCCUGCCCAUCAUGGUCAUGGAGGAUGGCGAGGCCAACGCACAACAAAGGAUUCCAUCUCAACCCCUAAGACUCCUCUCCGCUGAGCCCAGUGCUCUGCAUGAGGACAUAAAGGACAGCUGUCCAACAUUCGAGGCCAUGGCCAUUGAAGCUACGGAGGACCCUGGAGAGGGGACCUCCCAUCCAGGCCCAGAAGUGGCAAGGGUGCCCUCCAAGGACCGGCUCCCAAAACUGCGAAUCGUCUUACGAAAGCCAACCCAGAAAAAGAAGCGCCGGGUAGCAAAUCCUGCCAAAGCACGCUCCAAGAUUCGCCACACACCUGGCAGAAAACGGGCACAGGGAAGACACUCAGGGGUAACUACAUUCCAGGAGACAGGUCACAGCAAAAAGCAAAUGCUGGGAAAUAAGAGACUGUCUCAGAUGGCUGAAACAGCUGAGAAGAAAGAGGAAGAGGAGCCAUCACCAAGCACUGUGGUACUUCAGGGGACGUGCGUGACACGAGAUGUAAUGCUGAGUGACAAAGAGCUGCCCAUUCUCCCUGAGAUGGCAGAUGUGAAAGAGGAAGAACCAUCAACAACCAGCGCUGUGGCUCUCCAGGAGACUGGCCCCAUACAAGACCUAAGGCUGGGUGACAAAGAGCUGCCCACUCUCCCUCAGAUGGCUGAUGAGAAAGAGGAAGAACAACCAACAACCAGCACUGUGGUUCUCCAGGAGACUGGCCCCAUACGGGACCUAAGGCUGGGUGACAAAGACCUGCCCACUGUACCUGAGAUGCCUCAUGAGACAGAGGAAGACAGAAUAACCACAUGGAAUGUGGCUCUCCAGGAAACAUGCCCCAUACAGAACAUAAGUCUGAGUCAUAGUGAGUUGCCCACUCUACCUGUCAUGGCUGAUGAGAAAGACGAAGAAAAACCAACAGCCAGCACUGUGGCUCUCCAGGAGACUGGCCCCAUACGGGACCUAAGGCUGGGUGACAAAGACCUUUGCAUUCUACCUGAAAUGGUUGUUGAGCAAGAAGAAGAGGGACCAAUCACGUGGAUUGUGGAAGUCCAGGAGUCUGGCCCCAUACAGGACCAAAGGCUGGAUGACAAAGACCUGCCCUCUCUACCUGAGAUGGCUGAACUGAAAGAGGAAGAACAACCAACAGCAAGCACUGUGGCGCUCCAGGAGACUUGCCCAGUGCAAGACAUAGGGCUGGGUGACAAAGAGCUGCCCACUCUACUUCAGAUGGCUGAUGAUAAUGAGGAAGAAUGUCCAACCACAUGGCUUGUGGCUCUUCAGGAGACUUGCCCCAUUCAGGACGCAAUACCGGUUGACAGUGAACUGCCCGAUCUACUUCAGAUGGCUGAUGAGAAAGAGGAAGAGAGACCAAUGACAUGGAUUGUUGAUGUCCAGGAGACAAUCCCCAUGCAGAGCAUAAGACUAAGUGAUAGUGAGCUACCCAAUCUACCUCAGAUGACUGAUGAGAAUGAGGAAGAAGAGGAACAACCAACAACAAGCACUAUGGCUCUCCAGGAGACUGGCCCCAUACAGGACAUUAGGCUGGGUGACGAUGAGCUGCCCACUCUACCUGAGGUGGCUGAUGAGAAAGAGGAAGAGAGACCAAUGACAUGGAUUGUUGAUGUCCAGGAGACAAUCCCCAUGCAGAGCAUAAGACUAAGUGAUAGUGAGCUACCCAAUCUACCUCAGAUGACUGAUGAGAAUGAGGAAGAAGAGGAACAACCAACAACAAGCACUAUGGCUCUCCAGGAGACUGGCCCCAUACAGGACAUUAGGCUGGGUGACGAUGAGCUGCCCACUCUACCUGAGGUGGCUGAUGAGAAAGAGGAAGAACAAGCAACAACCAGCACUGUGGUUCUCCAGGAGACUUACCCCAUAGAAGACAUAAUGCUGGGUGACAAAGACUUGCCCACUCUACUUCAGAUGGCUGAUGAGACAGAGAAAGAAAGACAAACCACAUGGCUUGCGGAGGUCCGGGAGACUUGUCCCAUACAAGACAUAAGGCUGGGCGAUAAAGACCUACCCACUCUACCUCAGAUGGCCGAUGAGAAAGAGGAAGAGCAACCAACAACAAGCACUGUGAUUCUCCAGGAGAGUUGUACCCUACAAGACAUAAGGCUGGGUGUUGGUGAACUUCCCAGUGUACUUCUGAUGGCUGAUGAAAAAGAGGAAGAGAGACUAAGCACAAGCCUGGUGGCGCUCCAGGAGAACUGCUCCACAGAACACAUAAUACUGGGUGACAAAGAGCUGGCCACUGUACUUCAGAUAGCUGAGGAAAAAGAGGAAGAGAGACCAACAACCAGCACUGUGACUCUCCAGGAGCCUUGCCCCAUACAAGACAUAAGGCUGGGUGACAAAGGCCUGCCCACUCCACCUCAGAUGGCUGAUGAGAAAGAAGAAGAACAACCAACAAGCAUUGUGAAUGUCCAGGACACGAGCCUUAUUGAAAGUGGCAGGCUGGGUGACAAGGAACUAGACACUGUCAGUCAGAAGGAUGACCAGGAAACAGAAGCUGUCCCAACCACUAGCACUGUGGCUCUCAAGGAGACACACCCCAUGGAAGAGGGAAAGCUGCAUGUCAUAGUAUUGCACACUCCCCCUGAAAUGACUGAGGAGGAAAAGGAAGAAAGACCAAACUUAAACAUUGUGGCUCUUCAGCCAAUGAGUCCCUUUGAAAUGAAAAGGCCGGAUGACCUAGAAAUGCCUACUAUCACUUUGGAGGCUGAUGGGAAAGAGGAAGAGGGACCAACCAGAAGCACUGUGGCUCUUCAGGAUACACCCGGCAUUAAAAGAAGAAAGCUGGAUGACAAAGGCCAGCCUGAGAUUCCUAAAAAGGCUGCCAGGAAACAAAAAGGAGAACCAUCUUCAACUGUCACAGGUUUCCAAGAGACACAUGCUGUCAAAAAAGGAAGGCCUGGUGCCAAAGGACUGCCCAAGAUUCGUGAGAGAGCUGGUAGGAAGCAGAAAGAGGGAGCAGCCACAAGCAUUGUGUUUCUCCAGGAGACGCAUGCCAUCACAACAGCAAGGCUGGGUGACCAAGAACUGCCCACUAUCCCUCAGAAGACUGGCGGUGCAGAGGAAGAGGGACCCACCACAAGCAUUGCAGCUCACCAGGGCACACACUCCAUCGCACAGGGUAGCUUGCAGGAUACACAGCUUCCUAUCAUCCCUCAGACCAGUGAUGAGAAAGAGGAAGAGGAACCAACCACCAGCGUAGUUGCUCUCCGGGAGACACGCCGUGUUGAAAAGCAAAGGCUGCUUUUCACAAGACUGCCCAAGAUGCAUCAACAGUCUGGCAGAAAAAGGGGGAAGAGGCCAGCCGUAAGCACCGUGUCUCUCCAGGAAUCACGCCCCAGCAAAAAGCCAAAGCUGCAUGACCGAGGACCACACAAGACCCCUCAGAAGACCAUCAGGGAAGAGGAAGAGGGACCAAGAACAAGCACUGCGGCUCCCCAGGAACCACGCCCCGCCAAAAAGCAAAGGUUGGGUGACAAGGUACGGCCCAAGAUCCCUCCACAGGCUGUCAGUAAAGAGGAGGAGGGACCAUCCACGAGUGCCGUAUCUCUCCAGGAGACGCAGCCCAUCGGAAGUGGAACACUGGUGUGGUUUAAAUUUCAAGAUCACCCGUACUGGCCGGGAGUGGUCAAGAGUGUCAACGAGACAGACAAGACAGCCCGGGUGCUCCUGAUUGAGUACAACCUGCGCCACGAAAAGCGCGGCAUUCAAGUUCCUCUGCGGAGGCUGAAGCACCUGGAUGGCACAUGGAAAGACAAGUUCCUGAAGAGAGCCCAGAAAGUGUAUCAGCAGGGUGUGAAGUGGUGCUUCUCCUUGAUCACCCACUACCGAGAGAAGCUCCGCCGGGGCUCAUUCAAGGGUUCCUUCCUGAAGUAUUACACCACCAAAGCCAGCUACCCAAUCAGAAAAGUCAUCCGACAGAGUGAGGUGGACAUUGCUUUUCCCAAGGUGAACUAUUCUGACCUGGAAGACUUGGAGGAGGAGAUCUCCCUGGUGGGGACACCAUCGUACAGGAAAAUCCUUCCUGACCGCAUGAAGGCCGCUCGCGACCGAGACAACCAGCAGCUGGUGGAUUUCAUCGUGAAGAAAAAGGGGGCCGACAGCCACCUCCUGGACAUCCUUAAGGGCAGGAAGCAGUCCAGGUGGCUGACAUCAUUUCUCAACUCCGCCCAGUAUGUUGUCUGUGUCGAGACAUACCUGGAAGACGAGGACCAGUUGGAGCUCGUGACAAAACACCUACAACAAGUCUGCCGACACAUAGAUGAGAGGCUGCAAGCUCUGGUAAGAGACCAAAUCAAGUUUGUUCUGGAAGUCCUCCUGCCAGAAGCAAUCAUCUGCUCCAUUGCUGCCAUCGAGGACUUGGAUUACAAGAGCGCAGAAGAGAAGUACCUGCGAGGGCCCCCGGUGUAUUCCCGUGAGAAGGAACUGUUUGACAAAAAUAUCUUAAAGAAAGUGAGAAGGAAGUCAGCAGCCACGUGUGCUGCGAGCAGCUCUCGGGCCCUACCAGGCUCUCAGUCGGCCGCCUCCUCCUCUCAGUAACCCAGCACAGCGCCUGCGGGGCCCCACUCUACCAUGCAGGACUCGGUGCUGCAAAGCCAGCACCUGGACAACAUGCGCACCUGCUUUCGGAUCCAGCUCUACUGCUUGUGGGGCACCACACUCCUGCACCUUUCCUCUCCACAAACUAGUCACCAGCCACUCUACACACGGUUGCCUUGCCAUCCACCCUCACGUGUGGAAUCAUUCAGAUGUUCCAAAGAAAAGGCCACGAUUGUCCCCAGCACAACUUCUUGAGGACAAGUGGGAUUUCCAGAGAGAUUGCCCAUUCCAAUGGCCAUGCCACCACCUUCCAGACCUGGAGCACCUUGGCACCGAAACAUUGCCUGACCUUGCAACUGUCAGCAUUUGGACCCUCUUCCUAGAACCACCUGUCCUCGCUCUCCUCCCGCCCCCCAACCCACACACACCCCAGGAACAGCAGCCAGGGUCCUCAGUUACAGGCCUGCUACUCCAUCCACACCAAUGAGUCUGGGCUGGCUGCCCAGGCGUGUGCCUACCUUGGUGCAAUUUGUAGGGAAGCCAGCACUUUGCUCUGCAUUCCACCUUGUCCUCUGUCUCACACCAGCUCAGCUUCA